AUGAGCAGGGACCUCAGAGGCAGGGGAGGCGCCCGGGGAAGAGGCUUUCAGGGGUCGCGAGUAGGAUGGCGAGGCAGAGGACAGAAGAGCGAGUGGAGGAGAAUGCCCGAACCUGUAAGAUCUCGACUAGUUCAAUCAACGUUGGACCAAUUUAUUCCCUAUAAGGGCUGGAAACUUUAUUUCUCUGAAGCUUACGCUGACAGGUCUCCUUUCGUCCAGAAGACUCAGGCCUUUGAAAAGUUUUUCAUGCAACGCAUUGAGCUUUAUGAUAAGGAUGAAAUAGAAAGAAAAGGAAGUAUUCUUGUGGAUUAUAAGGAAUUAAUACAAGACAGAGAAUUGACUAAAUCAAUACCAAAUAUAUCUGCUGAAUUAAGGGACAUGCCUCAGAAAAUACUGCAGUGUAUGGGUCUGGCAAUUCAUCAGGUGCUAACGAAGGACCUUGAAAGGCAUGCUGCAGAGCUGCAGGUGCAGGAAGGAUUACCGCUUGAUGGAGACCCUGUAAUAAAUGUGCCUCUCAUUCAUGCUCGGCUGUACAACUAUGAUCCGCUAACUCAGCUGAAAAAUGUUCGGGCCAACUGCUACGGAAAAUAUAUUGCUUUGCGUGGUACUGUGGUGCGCGUCAGUAACAUUAAGCCUCUGUGCACUAAGCUAGCUUUUGUAUGUGGCACGUGUGGGGAUGUUCAGAGCGUUCCUCUACCUGAUGGAAAGUAUACUCUUCCAACUAAGUGCCUGAUGCCCGAGUGCCGUGGCCGAUCCUUCACAGCUGACAGAAGCUCUCCUUUAACCACUACAGUGGACUGGCAGUCUGUUAAGGUGCAAGAGCUCAUAUCAGAUGAUCAGCGAGAAGCAGGCCGAAUCCCUCGCACAAUCGAAUGUGAACUGGUUCAGGAUCUUGUGGACAGCUGUGUUCCAGGAGAUAUAGUCACAAUUACAGGGAUAGUAAAGGUGUCGAGCACUGAAGAAGGAGCUUCCAAAAAUAAGAAUGACAAGUGUAUGUUCUUGUUGUACAUUGAGGCAAAUUCUGUCAGCAACAGUAAAGGACAAAAACCAAAAAAUUUUGAUGAUGAGACUUUUCAAAGAUCGUUCAUGGAGUUUUCACUUAAAGACCUCUACGCUGUUCAAGAAAUUCAAGCUGAGGAAAAUCUGUUCAGGCUCAUCGUGAACUCUCUUUGUCCUGCAAUCUAUGGCCAUGAGAUUGUAAAGGCAGGUUUGGCCCUGGCGUUAUUUGGAGGAUGUCAGAAGUUUGUAGAUGACAAGGACAGAAUCCCGGUGCGAGGAGAUCCACAUGUUCUGGUCGUUGGAGAUCCAGGAUUAGGAAAAAGUCAAAUGUUGCAAGCAGUGUGUAACAUUGCUCCUCGAGGUGUGUAUGUUUGUGGUAAUACUUCCACCAGCUCUGGCCUGACUGUCACACUGUCUAGAGAUGGUGCUUCUGGAGAUUUUGCCUUGGAAGCUGGUGCUUUAGUGCUUGGAGAUCAAGGAAUUUGUGGAAUAGAUGAAUUUGAUAAGAUGGGAAACCAGCACCAGGCUUUGUUGGAAGCCAUGGAACAGCAAAGCAUCAGCCUUGCCAAGGCUGGCAUUGUUUGCAGUUUGCCAGCUCGGACGUCUAUUGUUGCUGCAGCAAACCCAGUUGGAGGACAUUAUAACAAAGCCAAAACGGUGUCUGAGAACUUAAAAAUGGGGAGUGCUUUACUGUCGAGAUUUGAUCUAGUUUUCAUUUUGCUGGACACCCCAAAUGAAGAUCACGAUCACUUGCUGUCUGAGCAUGUGAUGGCGAUCCGAGCUGGAAAGCAGGCAGCAUGCAGUAGCGCUGUUGUGACUCGUACCAACACGCAGGAUCGCUCUGUUCUUGAAGCUGUUUUGGAUCGACCGCUGCUGGAAAGACUAAAGAUCUUGCCAGGAGAAAACUUUGAUGCCAUUCCACAUCAGCUGCUGAGAAAGUACGUUGGAUACGCUCGGCAGUAUGUUCACCCAAAUUUAUCUCCAGAAGCUGCUCAGGUCCUCCAGGAAUUCUUCCUUGAGCUCCGGAAACAGAACCAAGGAGCAGGGAGCACACCGAUCACCACGAGGCAGCUAGAGUCACUGAUUCGACUUACGGAGGCACGAUCAAGGCUGGAAUUAAGGGAGAAAUCUACCAAGGAAGAUGCUGAGGAUGUAAUAGAAAUCAUGAAAUAUAGUAUGCUGGGAACCUACUCUGAUGAGUUUGGAAAACUGGACUUCGAACGUUCACAGCACGGGUCCGGGAUGAGCAAUCGGUCACAAGCAAAAAGAUUUGUUUCUGCCCUUAACAGUAUUGCGGAGAGAACUUACAACAACCUCUUUGACAUGCAACAGCUUCGACAGAUCGCGAAGGAGCUACAAAUAAAAGUAUCUGAUUUUGAAAGCUUUAUUGGAUCCCUAAAUGAUCAGGGUUAUCUUUUGAAAAAAGGUUCAAGAGUUUAUCAGCUUCAGACCAUGUGA